AUGGAUUCCAUAUUAAUAAGAUCGGCUAAUACCUAUUUGGCGCCUCCAGGAGCAACAGUUCAUGGACAUUUUGGAGAAAUCUUUUUUGAAGGAGAUAUAUUAGUAACAUUUAUAUAUGAAAAAUCGAGAUCAGGUGAUAUAACCCAAGGUCUUCCAAAAGUGGAACAGGUAUUAGAAGUUCGUUCGAUUGAUUCAAUAUCGAUUAACCUAGGGAAGAGGGUUGACGCUUGGAACGAACAUAUAACCAAAAUUCUUGGCAUUCCUUGGGGAUUCUUUAUUUGUACUGAGCUAACUAUUGUCCAAAGUCGAAUUUCUUUGGUUAAUAAAAUCCAAAGGGUUUAUCGAUCCCAAGGAGUGCAUAUACAUAAUAGACAUAUUGAGAUUAUCGUACGCCAAAUAACAUCAAAAGUAUUGGUUUCAGAAGAUGGAAUGUCUAAUGUUUUUUCACCCAGCGAGCUAAUUGGAUUGUUUCGAGCUGAACGAGCGGGACGUGCCUUAGAAGAAGUAAUUUGUUACCGAGCUCUAUUAUUGGGGAUAACAAAAACAUCUUUGAAUACCCAAAGUUUCAUAUCCGAAGCGAGUUUUCAAGAAACUACUAGAGUUUUAGCAAAAGCUGCUCUCCGAGGUCGUAUCGAUUGGUUGAAAGGUCUGAAAGAGAACGUUGUUUUGGGGGGAAUGAUACCCGUUGGUACCGGAUUCAAAAGGCAAUCAUUUCCGAAGAUUUGA